GUGGUCGAGAGCCGAGGAGCGUGUUGAUACAUGAGAGAGGCAGCGACGCAGAGUAUGUGUAUGUUUGUGUGUGUGUGUGUGUGAGUGUCACACACAGAACCAGACAUUCAUAACACAGCAAAACAGGAAGGAGACUAAAAGCUGCUGACAAUCACAUUAUGUUGAUACUUUGGGUGGAUUUAAAGGCCUCAGGAUUAAAAAAUCACCGGACUGUGAAGAAGGGGACGGAGCCUGGAGAUCAUGGAGCCUGUGAGCACUAUGUCACCACUAGCCAACCAAUCACCUUCCAACAACUCUUCACUGGUCUUGGAGCCAGAGCACGUGCUGCUCGGUGUUGCAAUGGCCAUUCUGGUUCUAGCCAUAGUUUUUGGUAACAUCCUGGUGAUUACGGCCAUCCUGCGGUUCCAGAGGCUUCAGACUGUCACCAACCUCUUCAUUGCCUCUCUGGCUGUCGCUGACCUCAUCAUGGGCUUGGUUGUGGUGCCGUUUAGUUCCAGUAACAUCCUGCGGGGGCACUGGCACUUUGGAAACAUCAUGUGUGAGUUUUGGACAGCGACGGACGUGCUGUGUGUAACAGCCAGUAUCGAAACACUGUGCGUGAUCGCUCUGGACCGCUACGUCGCCAUCACCUUGCCACUACGUUACCCAAUGCUGCUCACCAGGGGUCGGGCCUUGGCGGCGAUCCUCGGGGUGUGGGUAGUGGCCUCCCUCAUCUCCUUCCUGCCCAUCGAAAUGGAGUGGUGGCAGUCAGAGGAUGAUGAAACUUUGCGCUGCUUAAAUGACACUAACUGCUGCGAAUUCCACACCAAUGUGCUGUACGCUGUGUCUUCCUCAAUCGUGUCGUUCUACCUGCCACUGGUUGUGAUGAUUUUCGUGUAUGCCCGGGUGUUCCAGGAGGCCCGCAAACAGCUGGAGAAGAUCAGGGGUAGGGAGAGGCACUUCUACAACUUGCAUUACACCGCACAGCUGGCUUAUCCCAACGAAAGUCCCGCAAUGAACAAACUACGGGUGGGAACUGACACGGGGGAACAUGCAGGAGAGGACAGCCCAAACAUGCAGAAACCGGGAGGUGUGGACAAUGGGGAAGAAGAAAAGGGAGGAAAGAAAAGAGCAGGGAUAGAAAAAAUGGAAUCAAAGCACUCUGCGGCAAAGCGUCUAAAGUUCUGUCUUAAGGAGCACAAGGCCGUAAAAACUCUGGGAAUUAUCAUGGGAACCUUCACUCUGUGUUGGCUACCCUUCUUCAUCCUCAACAUCCUCAAGACCUUCUUCAACUUGGGCGAAAUUACGCUGCUCUUCAGACUUCUCAACUGGCUGGGAUACUCCAACUCAGCCUUCAACCCGCUCAUCUACUGCCGAAGCCCAGACUUCCGAUACGCCUUUCAGGAAAUACUCUGUUUGAGGGGAAGGUGGGGAGGCAGGGGAGGGAGGAGAAGAUGGGGAUGGAGCAGAGGUAGAGAUUGCUUCUCGAAGGCUCCAGGUAGGAAGAAUGGGGAUUCGGACCCGAAUGGUGCUGGAGGGCUGGACGUUCACCAGAGGUCAGGAUGGGAGGGCAGUCUGGAGAGCUCUGAAAGAGACAGCCCACUCACUCUGCCUCCUGUGACGUCUUCCUGCCAGCAGGUUGUAGAAGUCGCUCCAGGUUCUCCGACGAACCAACAGGCUAACGGCUCUGCUAACGGGAGCUUUAAGGAAAGCCUGGCUUCUAUCGCUUGACCAAAUAGCAUUUUUAAAAUUCACAUUGAGCAGUAAACACCAGGUCAAUGAAGCUGUGUUCGGAAAUACCCUGUUGAGUUUGUUUGUUUCACUGUUACUGGGUUUCACUUGUGUUCACUGUUCAUCUUUGCUGCUUCAGUUUUCCUAAUUACAUUGUAGAUCACAACUCCUGAGGCAAUCAUUUCUAUAAGGAGUUUCUGCAUAUUCACAUUCAGAGGGGCUGGGAGCCUUCUGGUUUCUGUUUCUAGUUUGACCAAUAACGUUUAAGUCGGCUUUGGUUGCCUACAGGUAGAGCAAUAACAAAAACACAUUGACUAUCACUUUUUUAAUUUAUCUGAAUUCAUAUGCUGAUAUCUGAUAGAGAUUAGCUAAUAUGUCCUAAAAUACCUACAAAAGCUAUCGCAGUUAGUUCUGUGGAGAAACAUUUGAUGAAAGAAAACAGGUGGACUGUUAUCAGUGUAUAAUGAACGGAGGAUAGACUCUUGGCCUGGAUAUCAGCUGUCUACACUGGCAGCCCAAAGAUAUUCUGAUGGGCUCUGAGAUUGCAAAGGCAACUACUAAGGUAAACUAAGUAGAAAAAUGCUCAGAUUUAAACUUUUGAGGCAUCUUACAUAAAGAAAGUGCAUGUGACACCAAACAUUAGGAGCUUCAACAAACAGGUUUAUCAUUUGAAGAUGUUUCUGUUGUUUUGUUCAAAGUUCAGAGUGCCUUUAUUGUUCCAUUCAGGGAAAUUUAUUUGCAGCCAGGAUCGUAAUCUGUAAAAACACAGACACACACACACACACACACACACACACACACACACACACACACACACACAAAACACCUACAUACUGGUGGACAACAGACAGAAAGAUCAGGACAUGUAGUUUACUGAGUGGUCCAGAGUCAAAGCACCAAUAAAUGGUUAAUCCCGUCUUUAUAAGAAAUGGAGAACAGAAAGUCAAUGUUAUAAUGGACUUCAUAUGGUGUGGUCCUGAAAUACAGGACACAUACGUUGCUACAUGUGUACUGUUAAAUAAAUAGAAAGCCUUUAAUAACUGCUGGAUAAUAAAAUAACAAAAAAACCUGAAUGAAAAUACAUAUUAUGCUCUUGCAUUCCACGAAGUUAAUUUAUUGUAAACACUCUUUGUCAGUUUGUAGAACUAAGAUUCAUAUGAAAACAUGUUUAUUCUGCACUUUGACAACCUGACAGCUUGUUUUCAAAGUUUAAAAUAGACUAAAAUAUUUAUGUCUAAAACGGCAACAAUCCUAAUGAAACCAUAUAUUGUUUUUAUGACAGAGAGUCUCAAUUUGUUCAGCCAAGGACGGCCUACAAAAUAAAACAUAAUCUGGGGUUCCCCUUGGAAUAAUUUGACAUAUUUAUGUGAAAGAAAACCUCAAGAGAAAUUUCCUGGAAAAGUACUAGACAUGUAUUAAAAAUAGUUUCACCAUGUCAACACAGAAAUUAUGAUAAUUUUUAGGAACCUGGAAACUUAUUCCCCCUGGCAGUGUGGCACGGACUUUUUUUAAACUACUGAUUUACUAUGAGAUAGAAACUCUGAUCUGCUUCAAUAGGUGUCGUUCGACUGAUCCGAUUAAACACACAAACACACGCACGCAAACACACACACACACACACACACACACACACACACACACACAAAAACACACAUGCACAGAGUCCCGGUAUAGGGAAUAUAAUGGAGUUUUCUUAGGAUCACAUCAUUCACAGUAUGAACCUGAUGAGAAAAAAGGUAUCAGGACCUUUAAGUUGAGUAAAUACACAUCUUCAUGAAUUAAAAAAUGUAUAUAAAUGUAUGAUGGCUCAGCCAUAUACUACCCGACCAAGCUGCCUGUUUUUCAUUCCUUCCUGAUAAACCUCAAGGCUGCACGGUCCAAAAUCAUUUACUGGUGUAUAUCUAUGUGUCAGAUAAACAUCUGAGAGCCAAACCGGUCUCUAUCAUAACUGUUCUUUCUCUCCCUGUACUGUGUGAAUCUGUUGGUCUAUUUCUCUCUCGCUCUGUCUCCAAACCUCAUCGUUAUCUUUCGACUCGUUAAUCCUAUCUGCUGUAGCUCUUUUCUAGUAACAACUUUAUUAUCUGCCAGACAGUGCUCCGGAGAUAAUUUCUUUGUAGUGGUAUCUGUUUCCAUAACAUCGUCGGAUACACUCUCUGUAAAGACAUAAUAAUCAGAUGACACACACUUUUAGUUUACUUUUUCAUUUGGAACUGGAACUUGGUUGAAGGCUGAGGUAUUUGGACAUUUGGUAUUUAAUAUUUGGUAGUGAUAAGAGCAUCAUACCCCAAAGACAUUACAGCCCAAGACCCAUCACAUUUUGGAAACUAAUGGCACUCAAUAGAGAGGAUACCUCCACCAAGGCCCGACAGAAACCUUAGAUUAAAUUAAGCUGCAUUAAAUUGCACCUACUCAUACGUAUCAGUCCCCAAAAUAUGUCUGAUUCUUUUCUUCAAGAUCCAUAAAUUGAGACUGUCAAAAAUGCAGAUGUCCCAUCCUACCACCAAGUUUCGUAAGAAUCCGUUCCGACGUUUUAUGUGAUCUUGCUUAAAAACCAUCAAACAAACAAACAAACAAACAGGGAUUAAAAUGUGUCCUUCCCAGCUCUGCCUCUACAUGUAGAGAUCAUUAUUUAAUCUUUGUAAAAAAAGAGGAUGAGGAUCAAUUAUUGCUGAUUGUGUGCUGUAAAUAUGAUCUGCAUGUGUCCAACUGUGUGUUGUGUGCACAAAUACAAGUGAUUCAUGUGAUUGUUGACUGUGCCUUUUAAAACUUGAAAACAUGCCAUUGGAUAUUUCUAGUUUACUGUAACGUAAAAAGUUUUAGAAUCACCAAAUAGCCUGAAAAUUUAAAUUUUAUUUGGGAUUGUAGAAUAGCGUAAAUAUGUGAGUUUUAAAUGCUUUCCAACAAUUGUCUGAGUUUACAGGCCCUGUCCUGUUUAAAAAAAACACACAAUACCUGGUUCUCCAGGAAGAACAAGGGUUGAACUAGGAGUUGUUCUACUUUGCUUUUUGUAUCAUGUCUGUUAAUAUAUGUCACAUCAGAUUUUAAGCAGCACUGAAACACGCACAAUUUGUCAUUGUUUAUUUGACAGGGAUUUGUGGCUCUAUCUCGGGACAUUUAGACAGAUCUUAAACAAGCUUUGUUGAGACUGAACGUUUCAGAAGCAAAGGAUUUUAGUCUCUACCUCCAACAGAGUCACAUGAAUGUCAUCUCACCUUUGUACAUAUUUAUUCAUAAGCUGUUGAACAUGUUGUAAAUAAAAGAUUGAAAGUUGGCAAAUCUA